CCGGCCGUCCCUCCUCCCACUCCCACUCCCACUCGGGUGCCUCGGCCCUGCCCAUGUUUUUGUAUGUCGGGUGUCCGUCCAUCGCCUGACGUUCAAGUUCGCCCGGAACGUCACGUCCGUGCACUUGAACUUGCACAGCUCAGAGGGGGGGGAGGGGGGGGGUUGAGGGGAGGGGUGGUGGGGGGGAGGGGGGGGCUUUUGCCAUUUUUUCCAUCUCUCUCCCCUUCUCUCUCUCUCUCCAUCCACCUCUCUCUCACUCUCUCUCUCUUUUUUCUCAGCUCUCCUUUCUCAAAAAAGCCAUGACGGCGAUCCCGCGAUCCAUCUUCGCCUCCGCGCCAUCUUUGUAUUAUUUCUAAUUUAUUUUAUUUUUUUUCCUUGUGGAUGUCAAAGGCGUUGGAUGAAGAUAUUUUUUGCCCCACCGGAGUCUCCUCUCUAACCCCGGCUCUCCCCGAUGUGAUCCGCGCUGAACGCCGCCGCCGCCAGCCACCAUGUCUCGCCGCAAGCAAGGCAAACCCCAGCACUUAAGCAAACGGGAUUUUUCGCCAGCCGAGCCCCUCUCCACGGCCGUCGUCUCGUCGGAGGAGCUGUCGGAGCGCUGCUCGGAGCACUCGGAGGAGAGUGGCAGCCUCAACGGGCACCGCCCGGGCUCGACCGUGGGCCGGCUGGCCCGGCUGGGUCACGACGCUCACCCCUCUCUGGAGCAGGACCUCCUGACCUGCGGCCAGUGCCAGGCCACCUUCCCCCUGGCGGACAUCCUGCUCUUCAUCGAGCACAAGAGGAAGAGAUGCCACGGGCCGCCGUGCCUGGCCGUGGGCCGGGGGCUGGACAAGCCACCCUCGCCCUCCCCCGGCCUGGCCCUCACCCCGUCCCCCGCAAUGGGUUCCCUGCGCAGUCGGAGGCCCGUGGAAGUGGGCGUCCAGGCCACGCUGGCAGACGACGACGAUGACCGGCUCUCGUCGCCCCGGCGGAUUUGCCCCAAACAGGAGCCCCUCCCAGGUAAGGAGGAGCCGACCACCUACACCUGCACUACGUGUAAGCAGUCGUAUGGCAGCGCCUGGUUCCUGCUGCAGCACGCUCAGAACACCCACGGCUUCCGCAUCUACCUAGAAAGUGAACACGGAAGCCCUCUCACACCACGCAUGGGUGGACCUUCCUCUCUCGGCGGGGGCGCAGACUGCCCCUCUCAGCCUCCCCUUCAUGGCCUCCAUUUGCCUCCCGACGCAAGCCCCUUCAACCUCUUACGCAUCCCUGGCUCGGGCUCAGGUGGACGGGACAGCGUCGGAGCAGGGGGUAUCGGCCCUCCCGGCAUGGCUGGUGGGGGCCAUCAUCAGCGUUUCCCUCCCACGCCGCCCCUGUUCAGCCCCCCACCAAGGAACCACUUGGACCCCCAUCACCUGAGCCCAGAGGAGCUGGCGCUGGCAGCCCACCACCCGAGUGCCUUUGACAGGGUGCUGCGCCUCAAUCCUCCUCUGCCCCUGGACCCCCCUCCAACAAUGGACUUCUCACGGCGGCUACGGGAGCUGGCAGGCAACACCUCAGGGUCCACUCCCCCACUAUCCCCCAGCCGGCCUAGCCCCAUGCAGCGUUUGCUUCAGCCAUUCCAGACAGGAGGAGGAAGUGGAGGAACAGGAGGAGCAGGGGGCAGCAAACCUCCAUAUCUUGCUACCCCACCCCCUCUUCCUGGCUCCAUGCAGUCACCUGUGGGCUCUCAGACCACUCCCACUACCCCACUCCCCUCAGCAGGGGCGCCACCCUCCUCCACCACCCCAUUGAAAUCAAAGUGUUGUGAGUUUUGUGGCAAGGCCUUCAAGUUUCAGAGUAAUCUAAUAGUGCACCGGCGCAGCCACACGGGCGAGAAGCCGUACAAAUGUCAUCUGUGUGAUCACGCUUGUACGCAGGCUAGCAAACUGAAGCGUCACAUGAAGACGCACAUGCACAAAUCCUCCUCGCCGAACACGGGCAAGUCAGAGGACGGCCUCUCAACAGCCUCCUCUCCAGAGCCUGGCACCAGCGAGCACAUGGGCAGCGCAAGCAACGCCCUCAAGUCAGUGGUGGCCAAGCUGAAGAGUGAGAAUAAUCGCAUGCUGCGUGAGAAUGGCGAGGAGGAAGAGGAGGAAGAGGAAGAGGAGGAGGAGGAGGAAGAGGAGGAGGAAGAGGAGGAGGAGGAGGAGGAAGAGGAGGGAGAGGAGGAAGAAGAGCAAAAAGCAGACAGGGCAGCCAGAAGGACCAACAACAGCUAUCACUUUGGUCUGAACCUUGAGACGGCGCGCCAACACGAAAACAACGGCGGCAUCGGAAGCCGGCUGGGAGGUCUGGCUGACGAGGGGUCUAUCCCUCGGUCGCUGCCCGAGGUGAUGCAGGGGAUGGGUCUGGCUGCCAGCAUGCAGCACUUCAGUGAAGCCCUAAACGCGCACAAACGGAACGCCAUGGCCCAGGAGAACCACCUGCACCACCACCUCAACCGAGACCACCACCACCACAAUCGCGAGAUGUGUGAUGGGGACUCUGUCCUGGAGACAGAUCGCGUGGAGGAGGGCUCCGUCUCAACAGUGAAUGGGCGGGGAGCCUCCCCUAAUGAAAAUGCCUCCGUCGGCCUCUCUAAGAAACUGCUUCUGGGUAGCCCCAGUCCACUCAGUCCUUUCUCCAAACGCAUCAAGCUGGAAAAGGAAUUUGACCUGCCCACUCCCACAAUCCCUAACACGGAGAACGUCUACUCCCAGUGGCUGGCCGGCUAUGCCGCCUCCCGACAACUCAAGGACCCUUUUCUGAACUUUGGGGAUUCCAGACAAUCGCCGUUCGCCUCUUCGUCUGAGCAUUCGUCAGAGAAUGGCAGUCUGCGUUUCUCGACCCCUCCGGGGGAACUGGAUGGCGGGAUGUCGGGCCGCAGCGGCACAGGCAGUGGGGGCAGCACUCCGCACCUCGGGGGUCCUGGUCGGCCCAGCUCCAAGGACGGCCGCAGGAGUGAUACUUGCGAGUAUUGCGGCAAGGUGUUCAAGAACUGCAGUAACCUGACAGUGCAUCGGCGCAGCCACACGGGGGAGAGACCGUACAAAUGUGAGCUGUGCAAUUAUGCUUGUGCCCAGAGUUCCAAACUCACACGCCAUAUGAAGACCCAUGGUCAGGUGGGCAAAGACGUGUACAAGUGUGAAAUUUGUCAGAUGCCCUUCAGUGUCUACAGCACCUUGGAGAAACACAUGAAAAAAUGGCACAGUGACCGUCCUUUGAGUACCGAAAUAAAGUCAGAGUAGAAGGCCGAACUAUGGGACCUUCCCCCCUCCCACAGCUAUGUCCGCCAUUAGUCCCCUGUUUAUUCCCAGCUCCUUGUAGAUUUGCCCCAACCCCAACACUCCACUUUCGCCAAUCUGGUGGAAGCUUAAGACCAUGUGCUCUGCACCAGCACACCCCGUUUCCAUUACCCAUUGAAUGCAUGAUCUGUAUCGGGGCAAUACUCUUGCAUUGACGCAAAACUUCGAGCCUUUCUCUUGUGCAAUAAUUUACAUGUUGUGUACAAUUUUUUUUGAGUUUUUCCUUUUCCAUUUUUAAGAAUUAGUCAGCAUGCAUAGUAUGUUUUUGCUAAUCAAAAAAAAAAAAGAAGAAAAGAACUUGUCCCUGGUUGGUUAAUUGUUGAGUAAAUGUGUUGCUGUUUUUCCUCUUGUUCUGUUUUUCUUUUUAUUCUUCAAAAAGAGAAAAGACAAGAAAGAGACAUCCAUGCUGCAUACAUUCUGUAACACAUAUCAUGUACAGUUUUGUUUUGUAACAUGGAAAGUGAACAGUCUUUACCCUCUUCUUUACAACCCUGGAAAUAAAUGCACUUAUCCUGAUCUUUCUAAAAGACACCACGUUCACACAGGGUUAAAAAAAAAAAAAAGAAAUCACGCAUUAGCUUGAUGACUAAACAGAAAGUAACGACAGCCUUCAAAUUUCUUUCAAAAAGACAAAGGGUGUGCUAGGAAUUCAAUUUGUGCUAUCAUUUGGUUGAAUAAGAAAGAGUGCCUUUGAUAUCUCAAGACUGCAUUUGGCCAUAAUCUUAUCUGGUAUAAGUUUGGGGUCACACUAGAUCAAGCUAAAAGGUUGAAGCCACCCAGGAAAGGUCCUUGCAUCAAGCACCUGACUGCUCAAACGGACUGUGACGAAGAUCAGAGAGUUCUCGUUAAUCAUCAUUUAGCUACCUAUUACAUGUUCAAUAGGCUAUCUUUUUAAAUAUGUGGAUUUCAUGGAAAGCAUGGUACAAGCAGUAUUGUGUAUAUCUGAAUUAUUUGUAGUUUUGUUUUCCGGUUAAGGAGGUACUUUUGAGAUAAAGGUAAUCUGUAAUGUACAAUCCUGAUCUUGAGGGAUACGGCGCAUUUGCUGAGAGGCGUCAUGCGUCUGCGUUAGCACAAAACCUACGACGCUGCUCCGAUACGUCAGUGUGUGGAACAAUGCAUACAGUAAUAUAUGAGCUCCGAGUGAGGCUAACACAGAAAGCUACACAGAACUGGAAGCUACGUGCAUAUUACAGGGAUCAGAGGCAAUCUCUUUCACUCUUUCACUUACAUUUCUAGAAAGAAUUGCAAAAAAAAAGAAAAUAUAUCUGUACUCCAGGGCUCUUGAAAGGAGUGAAAAUUUUAAUCAGUAUGCAGAGGCUAAUGCAGGGCACUAUUUUUUUGUUUGCUGUUGCUUUCUAACCCAAAAGAAGGAGAGUUUUUUUUUUUUUUUUUUUUUUUCCUUGUUGAGUUUCAUUCAAGCUGUUUAUAGUAUAGCACUUGUCACUCUGCCACUGAGAGCAAGUACAGACAUCUCUCUUCUUUCAUUGUCCCACACUGAUGCAAUGUUGGUACAUGGGUUAGGUCUAAAAGCUAGAUUGUCAUUUAUAGGACAUGAAGUGCACUGUUUUCAAAUUUUCCCAGUUUACAAGUUUAUGCUGAAAGGGAAAUACAAAAAAAAAAAAAAAAAAAGAAAAUGUUGAAAUGCUGUCAGAUAAAGAGGGUCCCGUUGUUAAAAAAAAAAGCAGUAAAAGAUGAGACACAUGCAACUCCAGCCUCAUGACCCUUGACCUCUGUACCCUUGCCGUUUCACCUUUGACCAUUUUGUCAAUUUGUUACCCCCUAAAAACCCCAGGGCUUCUCCUGGGGCUGAAAAUUCACCUGGUCAACAAGGUCUGUAAAUUAAAAAGGUUUGAUAUACGUUGCAGUUCCCAUUGGCCUCAGCAGAAACCAAACAUGCCCAUUGUUAGGGAGCUGUAUUGUGAUUCUGUUGUCACCUCCACCUGAAUAAUCUACAGACCUUGACGGCCAGAUUACAAAAACACUCAAAUCUUGUUGCUUAACACUGCGAGAAUCAGUUGUUGUUUUUUUUUUUUGUAUUUUUUUUUUUUGUAUAAAUCUUCCUUUAAUUCUAGAUAUGAAAAUAAACGUUUUUGCAAAUAACA